UUUGGCCUCGCUGUUCCUGUGAAAACAUCAGCAUGUCAGAGCCACCCCGGGCUGAGACCUUUGUCUUUCUGGACCUGGAAGCCACUGGGCUCCCCAACGUGGAUCCUGAGAUUGCAGAGAUAUCGCUCUUUGCUGUCCACCGCUCUUCCUUGGAGAAUCCAGAGCGUGAUGAUUCUGGUGCCCUGGUGCUGCCCCGUGUCCUGGACAAGCUCACGCUGUGCAUGUGCCCAGAGCGCCCCUUCACUGCCAAGGCCAGUGAAAUUACUGGUCUGAGCAGCGAAGGACUGGCACAGUGCCGGAAGGCUGGUUUCAACGGUGCCGUGGUGCGGACACUGCAGGCCUUCCUGAGCCGCCAGGAGGGCCCCAUCUGCCUUGUGGCCCACAAUGGCUUUGAUUAUGACUUCCCUCUGCUGUGCACAGAGCUACAGCGCCUGGGUGCCCACUUGCCUCGGGACACUGUCUGCCUAGACACGCUGCCAGCACUACGGGGCCUGGACCAUGCUCACAGCCAUGGCACCAGGGCUCAAGGCCGCAAGAGCUAUAGCCUGGCCAGCCUCUUCCACCGCUAUUUCCAGGCUGAGCCCAGCGCUGCCCACUCAGCAGAAGGUGAUGUGCACACGCUGCUCCUGAUUUUCCUGCACCGCGCUGCAGAGCUGCUCACCUGGGCAGAUGAGCAGGCCCGCAGCUGGGCCCACAUCGAGCCCAUGUAUGUGCCACGUGAUGGCCCUAGCUUCGAGGCCUGAGUGGCAGCAUCAUUCACUCAGCAAGGGUCUGAAGCCACAUUCUGGCUCUCUGCAGCACCUGCCUGGCCU